GCUUUCUAAACUGUCCUCGCAUUGUCUUCAAAAGGCUAUCACAGGGGUUGUUCCUUUACUUUGUCCCAGUGUGCGACCAACUCUAUUUCGAAUUUUUUGGAAUUGAAUUCGCUACAUCGCGGAACUAUUAAUCUCUUCUAUAGUUGAUUUGUGGAUUAAAGUGUUUCGAUAUCUGUCACGAAAAGCGGAUUAUUUUUCAUGUAAAAUCGGAGGAAUUACCCCUUUACCGAGUCUGUCCCGCUGGGCAGUUUGUCAUACGAGGAUAGGAGGUCAAAAACAAGUAAAAAGUGAUCAAAUUUUUUCUUUCUAAUUUGCAAUAUAUUUGAAGGGGCGUUAUUUAGCAAAGGAAUCACGAAUAUUUUCUCGUACAUCGUUUACAAUCUAUGUGUCAGUCAUAUGGUUAUUGCCGGAGGAAAGCCAUGUAUACGUAACAAGUGCGCAAGCCACAUAGAUAAUGGUGAUACAUAAAUGAAAACACGUUGGGGAUUACGAAAAAUGCCUAUUCCUUCAAAUUCAAACUGACGACUUGUUAAAACGAUAUAUGUUGAUUCCUAGUUAAGAAAUUCGCCAAACGACAAUGGCACUGUAACUGACGUCGUAAUACAAAAGUGUACAGAAGUAUACAGUCAGUACACAACACCUCUGUUUUUAUCUAUGAGCAAUCGAAGAAGGUGUCCAGUGCGGAGAGCGUCAGGUUAUAGAGAGUAAUGCGCUAAACUUCUGCAUAAAUUUUCUCUCAGUGUGUUUGUACCUUUUGGCGCGCAUGCUAUCCUUCCAGAACUCCCAUCGUCUGCAAGUGACACUAGAAAAUUCCUGCAGGAUGCGAAGCCAGUAAAUAUAAUUUUUCGACCAGUGGUCGCGCGUCAUAUGAUUGCAUAAUUAGCUAGAGAAAAUUUCAUCGGUUUUUAAUUGUGUGGAAACUUUCGGAUUCCCACUCUAUUCUGCACUGUGAUUCUUCAUUUGGGACAACUGAUUUUAAUCGGAGUACUUUAAAAGAAGGGGAAAAAACUUGGUGCUGAUUUGUUGAAGUCGAAAUUAGUCAAUUUCUAGUAGGAGUUAAAAGGAAUUGCCUGGAAUAUGAAUAAACAUUCGGACUUUUUCUUCGAAAAAAGAUGCAUGCAUGUGAAAAAUGCCAAAUUUUAAGCCCAUAACUUUAGGGAUCAUCAGUUUUGUACUCUUUGGAAUUUCCUCAUCCGCUGCUUACUUUGGGUUAACAUCGACUGAAGUGUUAACCCUAACUCUGGAUCACCCAGCAUUCCGAGACAAUCGCAACUCUGGAGUCUCUCGAACUUUUUCUCCCUCAAAGUUAUGUGAAAUGAUGAAGCUCUAUCGGAAACAAAAGAAAAUGUGUCGUAGAGGACGAGGGACUGCGCAAGCGUUGAUGGAAGCUAUUCAGACUUCCGUUCUUGAAUGUCAGUACCAAUUUCAGAAUGAGAGAUGGAAUUGCUCUGUUGAAGAGCCCUACAGACAAAAUAUAUUGAAAAAAGGUUAUAGAGAAACUUCAUUCUUGUACGCAGUCUCGUCUGCAAGUCUCGUGCACACCUUUGCGCGGGGCUGUAGGAGUGGGCAAAUAGACAGAUGUACGUGCGAUGAAUCUAAGCAUUUGAAUAAUGUAGAAGCUUGGAAGUGGGGAGGAUGCGGUGAUAAUAUCAAAUUCGCUCUCAAAUUCACCAGACGAUUUCUCCGACGGGCAAAGACACGUGGCAAAGACGUAACCGCCAAAGUAAACCAGCACAACAGCCGUGUUGGAAUAAAGGUUGUGAAAGGUCAUGUAUCAACUAAAUGCAAAUGUCAUGGUGUAUCCGGAACCUGCACGGUCAAGACAUGCUGGCGCCAGUUAGCCCCCUUUCAUGAAAUAGGACAGAUUUUAAAGCGGAAGUACGAAAGAGCAUACAAGGUGGAUACUAAUACAAACAAUGCGAAUGGCAAGUUUGCUCUAUCCAUAAGGAGAGAGGAAUCCGCUUCAGAUCCAAAAAAUUCAACACCUAAAUCGGUAGACAUGGUUUUCAUAGAAAAUUCUCCCAGUUUCUGCAGCAAAAGCAGUUAUUCCACAGGAACGACGGGUCGUGAAUGCAAUAAGAAUAAUACUUGUCAUUCAUUAUGUUGUGGGCGUGGCUAUAACGUCAUGACGCGGAAGACGUAUGAACGAUGCCAGUGUCAAGUUGUUUGGUGCUGCAAGUUUAAUUGCAAUAGAUGUCUGACAGACCAGGAAGUUUAUACAUGCAAAUAAACAAAGAAUGAAAGUACAAUGGAAAAUAUCUUUCAAAAUCUGAAUAUCAUACAAAAUCAAACCUGUGAUAUAUUGCUAUAUGUGCUGUUGACUUCAUGUUUCGUGACAGAAUCUUCAAUCCAAAAAUAAGUUACCGAACGUUUUUAAUUUCUUAUUAUUACACGUGUACAUCAUUAUUUGUCAUGAUGUAUUACAGAUAUUAUGUUAUCGUUAUUUUUAUUGCUAGAAUUGUAACAAGUGAAUCUCAUUUAUUGUUAUGUACUUUAAUGGCUUUUAGAUCCGUGUACAUUAUGCUUUGUUUAGUUUUCUGUACAUUAUACAGUUUUUGACAUUCUGAGGUCACAGGGAUGUUUUAGCUUCCUCAAAAGUACAAUUAUUCACUGAGUCCGGAGGGAUCGGUAAAAUACAAAAAUACAAUAUUCACCGAGACCAAAGGGAUCGGUAAAAUACAAUUUUUCUCAGGUAGCUAAAGUAUCGUAGUGACGUCAAAAUGUCAUUGUUUUAUUAUAUGAUUGAAUAAAUCAAAACAUCGAAAUUGGCUAUGAAAGCCUAUGACUGGAUACCAGGUCGAUUACUUUGUAUACAGAUACAAUGUAAGACCUAGUUGUAUACAGAUACAAUGUAAGACCUAGUUGAAAGUGAUCAGAGACGCGAGUUUUUGUUUAGUAUAUUACUAAAUAAUUUAAAACAUGGAAACCGGCUACUAGAACAAAUUCAACGAUACCUGAUCGGCCCUCUUUAGAUCGGAUUCAAUGUUACUGUAAUUCAACAAAUGUUAUUCCAGUUCGUGAUAAAAGUCACCACCCUCUCAAGAUCUGCUCGAACUCAAGUGAGUAGAGACGCGAGUUGGUAUUGAAUGGCCAAAAAAAAAAUCAAUUGUGUCAAUUUGGAAAUUCUUAAUUUUGAUUCUGCUCCGAUGUUGGAGAAAUCAAAUAUUAUAUUCAACUCAACGGCACGUGCGGGUGAAUAUAGCGUUCAAUAUUAUAUCUGUCAUUCAGAAAGCUCGGUUUUAUUCGAUCAUAUAAUAAUAUGAUUUAUUCAGUUUUCUAUUAUACAUCAUAUUUGUGAAAGUAAAAAUCCUGACUUAAGAGAAUAUUAAAAGUAUAGAACUUGUAAUAAAUGCAGUAAAUCUACAUCUGAAUGGUUGAAAAUAAGAAAACCAGAAUAACAAAAGUUUAACAAUUAACAGGAUGUGUUGCUUAUUCUUUAUUCCAUUAAAACCAUUUUCUAUCUUUUAUUCUAUAUACUGGUUGCUUUCAGAGGUUUGCAUUUAAUUUGUUAUGUUUUAGAAAAAAAAUGAGUAGCAUCAACGAGGGAACUUGACAAAUGUUAUGAUCCCUGUAUUUGUUUGUAGAAGAUUAUAAAAUAUGGAGAGAAAUUAAUUUAGAAUCAUUUGAAGAUCACUGUUAUAGCUCUGAAGCAGUUGAAUCACUGGAUAUGAAUUCUGUCAAAAUACGUCACACCUAACGCUAUUUGAUUCAGUCGAAGUUGCUUGCAAGUUUGUAUAAAAACAGGUGCAUGCAUGCAGGCUAGUGCAUUCACACACUGUGCCUGUAGCAGUUGAUUGAUUUUAAUUAUGUAUUGGUUAUUGUGACGUAUUUCGUCAGCCUCUAAAUGUGGUGGAUUUUCAUUUCAAUUCAGAACGAUCACGGCGAUCCUGGAUUGAUUGUAUUAUAUUUUUCAUGUUUCUUGAUUAUAAAUUGUGAUAAUACUAUUUUAAUCUUUGUCAUUGUAUCAUAACAUGUAUCAUAUGAAAAAUGGACCAUUCUUGUUUUUUAACCCUCCCCCAACUAUUUCUUUGUGUAAAAUAUGAUAUACAUUUUGGAAAAGCUGCUAUGGACAAAGUACUUUUGUACAGAUCAUCAACUAAUAAAUAUGGUUUUACUGUUUUGAUAA